AUGCGCACACCACGCACCGCAGCAACGACGACGCCAUGCGGGGUCUCCAACGUUUUUGGCUCAGCAGAGCUCGCUUGGUGGGUGGACGACAAGGCUGGGAGCUUGGAGGAAUCCUUGGGGAGCUGGGAGCUUGGUUCUUUUCCGUGGUUGAGUGCCUUUGUCCGCACAUGUUUCACAGGCCCAUCUGGCCUGGUCUUUGCGCACUUGGUGGCCUGGUUCCCGCUUUUGCGAGCGCAACUGUUUGGAUUGAGAGUGCUGGACUAUGCGAGGCUCUUGGUCCUGAAUCAACGGGAGCUCCGCAAGUACCUGAAUGGAACCCUGCCUGGGAAUUUGAUCAGGAGCCCUGGCGUGGAGGCACUCGCACGGAGCUUCGAGGCCUUCCGCGUUGAUGAUCCGCUCAAGUUCUUGGCCAAGCGGGAGCGAAGCUACCUGGCCUUGGGUGCUGAGCCCUUCGCACGGGCAGCGAUCCAGGCACGGCGCAGCCGAAGUCACCCUCCCCCGGAGUCAAAGUCACCAGAGCAGAGCUCGAUGGCUUUCGUGCACCGGCUAGUGGAGUCUUUCGAUUGGGAGAUCGAAGCCACCACAUCCCUUGGGAGCUUAGGGCAUCCAGAGUUGUGCGGCCGGCCAUGCAUUCGGUUCAUCUAUGGCACCUGUUUCAAGGGGCAGAGCUGCGAGUUUUGCCAUGCGCCCCACGAGACAGCAAAGGUGAAGAUGGACAAAUCCCAGCGGCAGAUCUUUGAGCAAAUGAGCGAAUCCGAGGUCCUCUCCUUUGCGCUAACUCAUCUCCAACGGAAGUGUCAGCAGAACGGCAUGCUCGAUCAGAUGGCGCUGGUGUUCGUCGCCCUGCGCCGACACCUCCGCUUCGGCCUCCAGCCGUCCCCCGCGACGCCCGGCACCUCGCGGCGGACGCAGCAACAGCACUUGCGCAUUCUGGUGCCUGCAGUGCGGAAGAUGAGCCUGGGACGUUUGUUGGAGCUGGUGCAGCAGAAGGUGGAACCAGGCUUCCGACAGGAGCUCCAAAAGCUGAUUGACCAUGCCGUGGGACGUCGGAAAGGUGCCCCACGCUUGGCCUGA